UACAAGUGUCAGUACAGAGGUGGACUCGAGCCAAGCAGCGCUUGCGCUCUGGAACGCGUCUACUUGGGUGUUUAACAAGGAGAAAAAACGGUUUUUAAAUCUCAGGAAGAAGAAAAAGUCCUGCUGCCUUGGCCCCCUACGCUGUGGAUGAUAAUGGGAUGAUUUCUUUUUCUUUUUUUCCCCUUCGAAGCCAUAAAGCCAUUUUUUUCUCCAGUGGUGGAUUUCACUGUUUUGGAAUGUGUGUGAUGCGCAUUAACCUUUUUUCGACAUUUCCUCCUCUGGGCUUGCCUACACACUCUGCUUCACAUUAUUUCUCCCUUUCUCGACCACUGGAAUAUGUGGACCUGUUUAUCAGCCUAAUCAAAAAAAAGAGGCUUGAAGAAUGAAAAUCUUUUGAGAUGAAAAGCAGCACUUUUGUGGAUCAUUUUUCGCUUGUGCGCGGCUCGUGCCUCAUUUUGCGCCUCAGCAGCCUGUUGUCCGAGGAGAAACGCACAACUUUACCGCGAGCUGGAGCCGGAGCCGGAGCGGGAGCCGGAGCUGGGGCUGCAGCUGGUCUGAACGCCACGCCAGGGCCACAGGAGCGGGGGGACCAACGGAGCGGCCCCGGUGCUCAGCCGCUGAGUGGGUGGACGGGGCAUCCGGCGCAGUUGUGGAGCAGAGAUGAUGAAGUCGGUGGUGAUGAUGAUGAUGAAUGGCCCGGCAGCCCGACCAGGCAGCGGUGUCUCGCCACCGAUGUGUUUACUGCUGUGCGCCCUCGUCUUUCUCCCGCCGUGCGCUCACUCGCACCCGCAGCCGUGCCAGGUGCUGAAACGAAUCGGCCACACGGUUCGGUUGGGGGCUCUGCACGUUCAGCCUCGCCUGCUCUCCGCCACUGCUGGCAGCGGUUCUGAGGACUGGGACGCCGAAGGAGCUUUGACAGGAGAGCAGCAGCAGCUGGAGUUUAAACCAAGUGCCAGUGCGCCUGGAUAUGGAAGCCUCAGGACUAGAGCCACCGCCAAUAGUCAGCGGGGCGCGAACAGGAGUAAAAGCCAGGCACGACACCGGGAGGAGAACAACCUGAAGGAGAACCGGGUGUUUGCACCCCGGGACUCGGUCCUGCUCGCGGUGGAGGCUCUGAACCGGGCCGGAUUGCUGCCCUAUAAUUUAUCCCUGGAGCUCGUCAUGGCAGUUGGAUCCGCCCUCGGCGAGCUGCCCGCGUUCUCCUUCUCCUCCUCGGGCAUCCCCGAGAACGAGGACCCGCUGUCCUUCGUGGAGAGCGUGUGUCACACGGUGAUCGUGCAGGGGGUUUCCGCCAUGCUCGCCUUCCCACGGAACCGGGACGAGUUCGUGAAGUUGGAAUUCGUCUCUGUUGCGCUUCAGGUGCCAGUGGUGAGCGUCGUGCAGAGGGAGUUCUCGCGCCACAGUCAGAAUCCUCUUCAUUUCCAAGUGGCGAUGCGGACUGUGGAGGCCCCGACAUCCCAUCUCCUCUACUCCCUGCUGAUGAUGAACGGCUGGUGGGACAUCAGCGUCCUGCUCUGCCAAGAGUGGAACAUUAGCGACUUUCUCUUUCUCAUCAAGAACAACACCCGCUUUCACCUGGGCACUCUGGUCAACCUGACAACCACCUCCUCGACCUCUCCACCUCCUUCCACCUCAUUAUCAUCCUCAGCAGUGGCGCCGAGUAUCCCAACGGAAGCAGAGGCAUCGUCGUCGUCAUUGUCUUCUUUACCCUAUUUAUCCUCUGCUGCUUUGUCGUCUUCUUCUUCAUCCACCUCCUCCUCUAAAUCAGACCAGCAGCAAGCUCUCAUGCGGCAGCUGGAGGCCCUGAGAGAACCUUCAUCCACAACGGGAGUGGUGACGUUUGGGUGCGACAUCCGCGAGGUUCGGCGUUUGUGGACGCUGGCCAGUCGGAUGACGCUGCCGGAGUUUCACUGGGUGUUGGGGGACAGCCAGAACGUGGCUGAGCUGAGAACAGAGGGGCUGCCCCUGGGGCUGCUGGCCCACGGGGUUAUGGGAUCCCCUUCUCUGGAUCACUACGUCCACGACUCACUGGAGCUGGUGGCUCGUGCCGUGGGCAGUGCAGCCCUGGAAAAUCCUGCCUUGGCACUCAUACCUGGGACUACCAACUGUAUGGAUGUACAACAGAGCAACGGCAGCUCAGGGGAAUACUUGGCAAGAUUUCUAGCCAACAUAUCAUUUGAGGGCAAGAGUGGUUUUAUAUCCAGAGACAGUCAAAGCCAGAAUGUCAUCCCCGAGGCCCAUCAUUACAUCUGGUCCCUCCAGCUGGACCCCCUCGGCCAGCCAACCUGGACCCGCCUGGGACGCUGGCGCAAGGGGAAAGUUUUGAUGGACCAGGGGGCCUGGCCAAGCCAUCCGGGAUCCGGAGGCGGAGUAGAUUGGCGUCGACCAGCCCGGCUGCACAUGAGAGUGGUGACGCUGGUGGAGCACCCGUUUGUAUUUACGCGUGAGGUGGAUGGGGACGGGAUGUGUCCGGCGGGUCAGCUCUGCCUGGACCCGCUUACCAACGAAUCUUCAGUUUUGGAAGGACUUUUCCAGAACCUUGGAGGACCCAACGGAUCUGUUCCCACAGAUCUGAAGAAAUGCUGCUAUGGUUACUGCAUAGACCUGUUGGAGAAGCUGGCAGAGGACAUGGGCUUCACCUUUGACCUCUAUAUUGUUGGCGAUGGGAAGUAUGGGGGGUUCAAGAACGGUCGCUGGACAGGAUUGGUGGGAGAUCUGCUCAGUGGAGCUGCCCACCUGGCAGUGACAUCUUUUAGCAUUAAUUCAGCCAGAAGCCAAGUCAUUGAUUUCACUUCACCUUUCUUCUCCACCAGCCUGGGGAUUUUGGUUCGCACUCGUGACACAGCCGCACCCAUCGGCGCCUUCAUGUGGCCUCUCCACUGGUCUAUGUGGCUCGGCAUCUUCGUCUCCCUCCAUGUCACUGCCAUCUUCCUCACCCUGUACGAGUGGCACAGUCCGUUUGGGAUGACGCCACGAGGACGCAACCGCGACCGAGUGUUCUCCUUCUCCUCGGCACUCAAUGUCUGCUACGCCAUUCUCUUUGGAAGAACAGUCGCCAUCAAGCCCCCAAAAUGCUGGACUGGUCGUCUUCUCAUGAACCUCUGGGCCAUCUUCUGUCUGUUCUGUCUGUCCACCUACACUGCUAACCUGGCUGCUGUCAUGGUUGGGGAGAAGACGUAUGAACAACUGUCAGGGAUACACGAUCCAAAGUUGCACCAUCCCUCUCAGGGAUUCCGAUUUGCUACAGUGAGAGAAAGCAGUGCAGAGGACUAUGUCAAGAAGAGUUUCCCUGAGAUGCACGAGUACAUGAGAAGAUACAAUGUGCCGGCUACACCAGAUGGCAUACAUAAUCUCAAGGCUGACCCUCAGAAACUGGAUGCAUUCAUCAUGGAUAAAGCCCUGCUGGACUACGAGGUCUCCAUAGAUGCAGACUGUAAAACGCUAACAGUCGGAAAACCCUUUGCAAUAGAAGGGUAUGGCAUUGGCCUCCCUCAGAACUCUCCACUCACCUCCAACAUCUCAGAGCUUGUUAGUCAGUACAAGUCAGAUGGCUUCAUGGACAUGCUGCACGACAAGUGGUACAAGGUUGUGCCCUGCGGGAAGCGCAGUUUCGCUGUGACUGAGACGCUGCAGAUGGGCAUAAAGCACUUCUCUGGUCUGUUUGUGAUGCUGUGUGUGGGCGUGGCCUUAUCUCUCCUGACCACGAUAGCAGAACACAUUGUGUACAAGCUGGUGAUCCCGAGAGUCAAGGAGCCACGCUUCAAAUACUGGCUGCACACGAGCCAGAGAUUACAUCGAGCCCUCAACUCAGUCUUCACGGAUGACAAACUACCAACCGUUACCAAGCCUGACAAGAGGUGCAACGAGGGAAACAACCAGUCAGCAUCCUGGAAUCCUGCAGAGUCCUCCCACUGCAACCGGAGAAGGGUCCUUCCACAAGAGAUGCAGAAUGAUCUGGAGCGCCCGUCCUCCCAGGAUCUUCCAUCUCCACCGCCACCUUCUCCCCUGCCUCACCCCCAUUCUCUCCCCCUGCUGGAGAAACACCUGCCCAUAGUGACCAACUCUAAUGGUCGCUCCGACCUGUUAGGACGGGGGUUGAGCCAAGGACUGGGCCCAGGGCAGGGGGGCUCUGGGCAGGGCAUAAUGCAGUGUCGAGGUCUGGGAGUGGGCGACUGUGGUCCAGGCCUGGGUGUGGGCCGGAACCCGCUGGUUCAAGAACUGUCAGAACUGGAGGGUCAAAUCGUUGUAAUCAAGCAGCAGCUGCAGUCAGCCAUGAGGAGGAAGAGGGAGCUAGAACAGUACCAAUCAGAAAACCAGCAAGCAAACCAGACUUUACCCAGUCAGCCCACCAUGCACCAGUCUAAUCAGUUUGGUCAGUACACCCAGUCCCACCAGCAGACUAACCAACACACAAACACACACCCAGAGUUUUGAAGCUUGUCUCCUCUGUUUUGUCCAGAAAAACUUGGUUAGACAUGGGACUAGUUUCCAAAACCUCCUCUGGGUCCCGGAUAAGGAUCCUUGCCUGAGGUCUGGAGUUGGAACCCUCACUGAUUUCCAGUAGCAGGAUCCUCCUUUAGGCUCAGAAGUUCCCCUGAACGCUGGACUAAAAUGUUCUCCAAGGAUCAGGUCCUACUCUGUAGCUCCAAGUAGGACAUUUUUGGACUUCUGGAACGUGAGAUUUGAUGACAUGAGAGGCGCUGGACCAGGGACGACCCAGGGAUCUUGAACCAAAUCUGUUCCGAGACCCUCACUAGCUUCUUGUCUCACUGAAGAGCUGUGCAACCCUUUCCCUCUUCUCAAGCUCUCUCCGGCCAUUUUUAACCUCCUUUUCUGAUUCCAUUUUUUUUUUUUUUACAUCCGUUUUCUGCUCACGAAUUCCUUUGUCCCCGUCAUGCCUUCCCCCUAAGCCUCGUCUCUUCAAGGGUACAGAUUUGCUUGCUAUGAUGUUAAGCUUGAUCAUAGAUAUGAGGACUCUUUGGUAUUUAAGCUUAAUGGACUAAUUCACCUGAGUGUGUUAAGACUCGCUGAGUGUCAAAUGGCCUGAGGUUGAACCCAGCCAGUUAAGUCUUUAUGUCCUUGUGUCUUGCUGAAACCUUGUAUCUUCCAGACCUACAACUGAAAGAAAAAAGGUACGACUGCUGGUGAUUGGUUGACAUUACCACUGACGACCUCAUGUUUCGUCCUUUGGCAGUGCUUUGGCAGUUACUUUGGCUUUGGGCAUUUUUUCUAAUAAGCCUUUCGAGAGGUUGGUGGGCCGGUGUUAUGAGUAAUGAGCAAGAGAUAUACAGCUUUCGCAAGACACCUUUACAUUUAAAAAGAACGCCUGGUUGGCAUACGGUGGAGGAUUAUAGGACAAUUCACAAUCUUACAUAUGAAUCACUGUAUAAUGUCGUCCUGCACUUCACUGACGCACUCCUGGUUUCUUGAAGUCAUCAUUUAACUUGUCAGAGUUUGAGUUAUGGUCUAGAAGUUCUCAUAGUGGGUUCAUAGCAACAACCAAGCUGAAAUGCAUAAAACGGUAAUACAUCCAAUCAGGUUUUUAAAAUCAGGGAACCAAAACAGAACCUGUUUGUCCAACUUCUUGAGAACAUACUGGUGCUCUUAUAAUAUUGUGACACAACAAACACAGGAAUACCAUUCAGCUCUUAUCAUUAAUAAUAAAUGCACACGUGAACGAAGGCCACUAGUCUAACUCUGACAUGUUAUUCAAUGUGAUGCAUAUUCACAACUGAACACACCAAAACAGUUCCUCUGUGAUGAGACUGGUUUUCUUGCAUCUUUUCUGUUUUUGGUUUGGACACGUUCUGUUAUUAAAAAAAUGUACCUCUCCUCUUUGCACUUAA